AAUCCGACGCGGCGGUCAGAAGAUAAACAGUAUAGAAAGUUAUCAAGAAGACAUAUCGUGGAACAUUAUUUAUUUAUCAGUCGGUUGUCGACAUUUACUAUAAAUAUAUUAAGCAAUUGCGCUUUGUUAGUCAAAAAGUGCCUGAAUCGAUAUGAUACGUAACGUUGCUGCGAUUUCAACCAUUUUACUCCUGGUAAAUGGUGCUGUAGUGCCAAAGUGGAGCGAAACAUAUAGAGUUAAAGGAAUUCUGCACAUUCCUUACGCAGAAAUCGAUGAACCUUUUUUCGCUUGGUACGACGGACCUGAUAAUCAAUCCAGAAUCGAUUACUACGGAGAAAUGGCGAAAACAUAUCAAUUAUCAGGAACAUUUGGAUACGGCACCAGUGUGAAAAUAGUUCCGGUAACCACGGAAGAAAAAUUGAAUGCCAAAACUUGCCUGCAAGUUAACGGCUCGUCGGAAAAUCCGAUCGGCGUUCAAACGGUGUUACCCGAUUUAACCAAUUUUCAACUAGCAGGCAAUGACAACUUGGGUGAAAAGUGGGAACUGACCACGACUAUCGGUCAAAAAGUGAACAAGUACAGCUUAUGGGUACGAUACAAAACAGACUCCCAAAACAAUGCCAAAAUAGCUAUUCCCGUAAGGUACGAAAUGCGAGGCUAUAAUUCGUUGCUGGGUAGUCACUACGACCACUAUUAUAUUGAAUAUUUCGACUUCGACAUCAGCAGCAUUCCCGAACAGACAUUCCAGAUCGAUCCCGGCAAGUUUCCUGAUUGCGUUAGUACACAGUUUAUAAUAAAUGACAUUUCAGCACUGACAUGCAGUAGCUUCCCGGGUCCCGGUGAUAAACACAUCGCUACUUUCAACCCCAUAGCGGAGUUCAUAAGACCGGAGCAACAAGGACACGUUGAUAUAGAGUUUGACAAGUUUGUGAAGAAACACAGCAAACACUACGUCGAUGCGUUGGAAGAGAUAGUUCGAAAGGAAGUAUUCAGGCAAAAUCUACGUCUGAUUCAUUCCGUCAACAGACAAAAAAGAGGUUAUACCCUUACGGUAAACCACCUGGCAGACAAAACAGAGAACGAGUUAAAAGUGCUUAGAGGAAAAACCUUCUCAGGGGUUUACAAUGGAGGAUUGCCGUUCCCAUACAAAAACAUCAAGUCAUCCGACUUGCCCGUUCAAGUCGAUUGGAGGUUAUAUGGCGCUGUAACACCCGUAAAAGAUCAAUCUGUCUGUGGUUCGUGUUGGUCUUUCGGAACGGUUGGUGCAGUUGAAGGCGCAUAUUUUUUGAAAAAUGGAGGAAAUUUGGUGAGGCUUUCCCAGCAAGCACUGAUUGAUUGCUCUUGGGGAUAUGGCAACAACGGCUGCGAUGGAGGCGAAGACUUUCGAGCUUACCAGUGGAUAUUGAAGCAUGGAGGAAUUCCAACGGAAGAGGAUUAUGGCCAAUAUUUAGGACAGGACAGCUACUGCCAUGCAGACAAAGUUCGGAAAGUAGCCAAAAUUUCCGGCUGGAUCAACGUUACAACAAACGACGAGAAUGCUCUCAGGCUCGCCUUGUUCAAACACGGGCCAAUUAGCGUUGCUAUAGAUGCGAGCCAGAAAACCUUCAGUUUCUACUCCAAUGGAAUUUACUACGACGAAAACUGCAAAAAUAAAGAGGACGAACUUGAUCACGCAGUACUCGCUGUUGGCUACGGCACCAUGAAUGGAAAGAAUUAUUGGUUAAUUAAAAACAGUUGGUCCAAUUACUGGGGCAACGACGGAUACAUUCUGAUGUCGUCCAAGAACAAUAAUUGUGGUGUUAUGACGACUCCUACCUAUGUAGUAAUGUAAUACUCUCAUGAAAUUCAGACAAUUAGAUUAUGUUCAUUUCUUAGAAAUACAGAAUGUUUUUAUAGUUGUUUUUAUG